UUACGCUUCCAACCAAUAAUGAUCGCUCAAGUACGCGGAUCGCGACCUGUAACAGACGUCUGUUCCAGAUUAUAUUUAAAACACGUUGCAACUAUGGAAAAGUACAUCAGUGUCAAAGACUUGGAAAAUGUCGCUUUGUCCAUGUUGUCGAAGUCUACUGGAGAUUACUAUAAAAGUGGAGCAACUGAUGAGCAAAGUCUAGCUGAAAAUAGAGAUGCUUUUAAGAGAUUGCGAAUACGACCUAAGUGUUUAGUUGGCGUUGGGAAUUCCUGUUUAAAUACAACAGUCCUUGGGCAAAAAGUGUCCAUGCCAAUAGGAAUAGCGCCAUCAGCAAUGCAGCGGAUGGCUCAUCCUGAUGGAGAAUUGGCUAAUGUAAGAGCUGCCCAGGCAGAGGGUACAAUAUAUACCUUAAGUACCAUCGCAACAAGUUCUAUUGAGGAAGUAUCGGAGGCGGCUCCAAACGCCAUUAAAUGGUUUCAACUUUACAUUUAUAACGAUCGAGAAGUUACCAAAAAUUUAGUCUUACGUGCCGAGAAAGCAGGAUUUAAAGCAAUAGCUUUAACAGUGGACACUCCUUUAUUUGGAAUACGUCGAGCGGACAUUCGAAACAAUUUCACCUUGCCUUCCCACCUACGAUUAGCAAAUUUCGACGGGCACUUAUCUACUAAAAUUCAGAAAGCUGAGGGCGGUGGAAGCGGCCUUAGUAAAUAUGUAGAAAAUUUAUUUGACAAGAAUUUAAAAUGGAAUGAUAUCAAAUGGCUUAAAAGUAUCACUAACCUCCCGAUAGUGGCAAAAGGGAUAAUGCGAGCUGAUGAUGCAAUCGAGGCGGUGCAAGCGGGCUGCUCCGGUAUUCUGGUAUCCAACCACGGCGCGCGACAACUGGACGGGACCCCGGCAACGAUUGAGGUGUUGCCUGAGAUAGUAGAAGCUGUAAAGAGUUACAACGUGGAAGUCUACUUAGAUGGUGGUGUUACUACUGGAACUGACGUAUACAAGGCUUUGGCUCUAGGUGCACGAAUGGUGUUCGUGGGGCGCCCGGCGCUGUGGGGGUUGACUGUGGGCGGCCAAGCUGGAGUUCAAAAGAUGCUGCAAAUACUAAGAACUGAACUCCAAUUUACAGUGCAAAUUGCAGGCACGCCGACGAUUAGCGACAUAAAGAGAGACAUGGUGUGUCAUGAAUCCGUUUACAGUAAACUGUAACUUGAAAUGAAGAGAAAGCUAACUAUAGGUAUAUGGAUUCCAAAGCGACCGUGCACGGUAAAGACUAUUUAUCGUUACAACACCGCAGGUUACCAAAUACACUAGUUGCAGUCUGCAUGAAUCCCAUGAUACGUUUGAGUACCUACUGAAUUUCAACCCAAUCAAUAUUUUCGGUGAAACCAA